AUGAAGAAUGUAAAGAUUUUACAUUUGCUACUGCUGUUUGUGUUUGUCCAUGCCGGCUUUGCGUUCAAUAACAGUCUGAUAACUCUCUCCUCAGCACAAGCAGACUUUGCCCCCUACUUCUACGACAACGGACCUUACAGCCAAAAUGGAAACCUGGCUCUGUUCAGCCUCUCGGAGGACACGGCAGUCGGCACACAGAUCUAUUCACUCAACGGCACAGACCCUGAAGGCCAGAAGGUGAGCUACGGCCUUUCCUUUGAUCCUGGAGCCAAAGAGUACUUCAGUGUCGACCCAGUGUCAGGAAACAUCACAUUGGUGGAACAGCUAGACCGAGAGAAACAUGAUUCUAUUGAUGUCCAUGUCAGCAUCAGCGAUGGAAGAAGCCAGGUUGUGGAAAGAGUCACAAUAUUUGUAAUGGAUGCAAAUGAUGAAAAACCUGAGUUCCAAAACAUGCCAGCCAUCAUUAAUGUACUGGAAACAACAGAAUCUGGCAGCAGUAUCUACAGAGUCGAGGCAGUGGACCGAGACACAGGCUCAGGCGGCUCAGUCACCUACUACCUUCAGAAUCCUCAGUCCAUUUUGUUUUCCAUGGACAGAAACAGUGGUGUCCUCCGUUUGAAAUCAGGGGAAAUGUUGGACUUUGAAAAAACAAAGACACACUUUGUUACUGUCAUUGCAAAGGAUGGUGGAGGUAACUUUGAUGGCAAGGAGCAGUUUAUGUCAUCUUCUGCUACCCUGACGAUCAAUGUCAUUGACGUUCAGGACACGCCGCCAUCUUUUAUCGGGACGCCGUAUUUUGGCUACGUUUAUGAAGUCUCUAUUCCAGGAUCUGUGAUAUUCAUCGUAGAAGCAAAAGAUGGAGAUGUUGGAAACCCAAACCCAAUCAGAUAUUCCUUUGAAGAGGGUGAUGACGGUGUUUUUGGCAUCAAUAAAACGAGCGGUUUAAUCACCCUGUUGUCUCACCCCAUAAAUCUGAAGAGAGAAAUCUUUAACAUUAAAGUCAAGGCAUCAGAGGUGAGUCCUGAAGGUAGACUCAUGGACUAUGAGUUGACCACGUUGGUGAUCCGCGUGGUGGACCUGAACAAUAACCCACCCACUUUCUACGGAGAAAAGGGCCCACAGAAUAUUUUUGAACUGACCAUGUAUGAACAUCCUCCAGAGGGAGAGAUCCUGCGCGGGCUAAGAAUCACCGUCAACGACUCCGAUAAGGGUGCUAAUGCGAAAUUCAAUCUGAGACUUAUCGGUCCAGGAAGGAUGCUGCGAGUCGUGCCUCAGACGGUGCUCAAUGAGGCCCAAGUCACGAUCUUAGUUGAAGAUUCUGCUGCCAUGGACUACGAGAAACACCAUUUUCUCACAUAUAAGCUACUUGCAGUGGAGAUCGAUACUCCUGAGAGAUUCAGCGCCACAGCAGACAUUGUGAUUCAUCUGCUGGACACCAACGACAACGCUCCCAAAUUCUCUUCAGAUUACUACAUCGCCAGAAUUCCAGAAAACUCACCCGGCGGCUCCAAUGUGGUAUCAGUCACGGCAACAGACCCAGACUCAGGACCCUGGGGUGACGUGCAGUACUCAAUAUACGGAUCAGGGGCCGACUUGUUCCUGAUUCAGCCAACAACUGGGAUCAUCUACACCCAGCCGUGGGCGAGCCUGGACGCAGAGGUGAGGUCCAAGUAUAACUUCUAUGUGAAGGCGGAGGAUGCCGAGGGGAAGUACAGCCUGGCUGAGGUCUUUGUGACUGUGUUGGACCUGAACGACCACCCGCCUGCUUUCAAUGACAACUUCCUCGAGACCACCAUGGUGAUUGGAGCGCCAGUGAAAAUAGAGGCUGUAGACGAUGAUGCUGAGGUACCCAACAACGUCAUCGAGUAUGCCAUCAUGAAAGCGGAGCCAGACAACAACAUCUUUGACAUUAACGCUGACACGGGGGAGAUCAUGCUCAAGUCCUACAUUAAGUCCAUGGCAAUCAUUCAGAACAUCACCAAGCAGAGCGACUGCACCUGGUCUCUGGUGGUCCAGGCCCGGGACCGAGGCCAGCCGUCCUUCAGCACCACCGCCGUCAUCAAGAUCGACAUCACUGAAGCUACCCAACUCAGUGGGGGGCCUUUGGGAUCAUUUUUGAUGCAGAGUAGAAACAAGCCCUUGCAAAUCGUAGCCUUGCUUGCUGGUGUCAUUUGUCUUAUGGUCAUAGUCACAGUCAUCAUCUCCACGGCAACAUUCAUGCGCAACAAAAAGUCAAACCGGAUUCUUCCGAACCGCCGCGUGAGGAGGAGGCAGAGGAACCAGCCCAUCUGGAACAUAAAAAACCCCUUCAAGAAACCAGAAAACCCAGGACAGAAAUUCAGAGUAGAGGAGGUGGAGCUGGAGCCGGAGGUCAUCGUGGAGAACGUCAACUACAACAACAAUGUCGGCAAUCUUGUGAGACACUGGUCCCCGCCUCCACCGCCCUGCGCCCCAUCCCUGCCCCCUCCUCCACCACCCUGCUUCCCGGGCGAGAGGCAGUGGGUGGUGCCCACUGUCUCGGCAGCAGUGGCAGCAAAACCGAAAAAAAGGCCUGUGACAACCAGGCGGGACACUGUGAACAAUGCGCUGGUUUCAGAGCUCAAGAUGAGACUGGAGCAGAAAAGGCUGCUGCACCAUCAGUAA